AUGCCUCAAUCCUCUACAUACGGCACAGAAAGUGCAGCAAACAAAGAUAUUGGCGGCAUUCCUACUAUUCAUUAUUUCGAUUUCCAAUCCCGAGGUCGAGGUCAAGUAGUUCGAUUGUGGCUCAUCGAUGCAGGAGCUGCAUUCAAAGAUAUUCGAUACACGUUCGAAGAAUGGCCUGAACAUAAGAGAAGUGGGAAAGUUGCGGAAAUAAAUCCUACGGGAAAUAUACCAGUGGUCGAGAUGCCGGACGGAAAAAUCUUGACACAGAGUUAUGCUAUCCUUAGGCAUUGGUCAAGAUUGCUAGGCGCGUAUGACGGGAAAAAUGAAGAUGAGAAAUAUUGGGCUGAUGCAAUCUGCGAUAUUGUUGUUGACUGGCGAACUCUGUUCAUUUCAGCUUUCUUCUCUGACAACCAAAAAGAGGACUAUCCGAAACAUCAACAAGGCGAUCAGAAGAAAUACCUCAAUGCAAUCGAAACACACUUGAAGGGUUCGGAGCUUUCGAAAAAGGGGCCUUUCAUAAGUGGCAAUGAAAUCACAUAUGCAGACAUGGCUUUAUAUCAAUUACUCCACGAUGAAAGUCUUACUCAAGAUGGACGAAAAGGACUGAAAGAGUAUCCGAGAUUAGUGCAAUUAGUGGAUGCUGUGGAGGACAGACCAAACAUCAAGAAGUUCUUGAAUAGCGAUGCUUAUCUUGGUUAG